UAUUGUUCUUUAAGUCAAGUGAACGACUUUCUGACCAGAUGCUGGUAAACAAAAGUUGCUGAAAAACUCAUCUGUCAUAUUAAAUGUUAUUUUCUUGCCAAAUCGAAAAGCCUAUAAAAGCCAAGCCUUAUGCAACAAUACUUUGCAUAACCUAUCUAGCCAAAUAAACCACCCAAAAUAUGGAGUUCUUCAACUUCUUUUCCAUUUUCCUUUUUGUUUCUUUCCUCUUUUUGUUAACGAAAUGGAAGAAUUCCAAUAACCAAACCAAAAGAUUGCCUCCAGGUCCAUGGAAAUUACCUUUACUUGGAAGCAUGUUUCAUUUGCUAGGUGGACCCCCACACCGUGUCCUUAGAGAUUUAGCCAAAAAAUAUGGACCAAUUAUGCAUCUUCAACUAGGUGAAAUUUCUGCAGUUGUAGUUACUUCUCCAGAGAUGGCCAAACAAGUACUAAAAACUCAUGACAUUGCUUUUGCAUCUAGGCCCGUACUUGAGGCUGCCAAGAUUGUUUGUUAUAAAGGAACCAACAUUGUCUUUGCCCCCUAUGGUGAUUACUGGAGACAAAUGCGUAAGAUUUGUCUUUUGGAAUUGCUUAGUGCCAAAAAUGUUAAGUCAUUCAGCUCUAUUAGACGAGAUGAAGUUCUUCGUAUGAUUGAAUUUUUUCGAUCAUCUUCUGGUAAGCCAGUUAAUACAACAAAAAGGAUUUUUCAAUUUGCAAGCUCUAUGACAUGUAGAUCAGCAUUUGGGAAAGUAUUCAAGGAGCAAGAUGAACUUAUAAUACUACUAAAAAAAACGACAGCCUUAAUGGAAGGGUUUGAUGUGGCUGAUAUAUUCCCAUCACUGAAAUUUCUUCAUGUACUAUGUGGAACAAAGGGUAAAAUUGUGGGUGUUCACCACAAGUUAGAUGCCAUUCUUGAAAAAAUCAUCAAUGAGCAUAAAAACAAUGGUGAAUUAGAAGGUGAAAGUUUAAUUACCGUACUGCUAAGACUAAUGAAAGAGGGAGGCCUUCAAUUUCCGAUCAACCAUGAUAACAUCAAAGCUGUUAUUUUUGACAUGUUUGCUGCGGGAACAGAAACUUCAUCAGCAACAAUUGAUUGGGCCAUGGUGGAAUUGAUGAAAAAUCCAAGUGUACUCGCCAAAGCUCAAGCAGAGGUAAGAAGCGCAUUCAGAGAAAAAGAAAGUUUUGACAUAGAUGAUGUCGAGAAGUUGAAAUACCUAAAGUUGGUCAUUAAAGAAACUUUCAGAAUCCAUCCUCCAUUUCCCCUUUUGCUCCCAAGAGAAUGUAGGGAAGAAGCAGACAUAAAUGGCUAUACUAUCCCUUUGAAAACAAAGGUUAUGGUUAAUGUGUGGGCUAUGGGACGAGACCCAAAAUAUUGGAAUGAUGCAGAAAGCUUUAAACCUGAAAGAUUUGAGCAGAACUCCGUGGAUUUUGUUGGUAAUAAUUUUGAAUAUCUUCCCUUUGGUAGUGGAAGGAGGAUGUGCCCUGGAAUAUCAUUUGGUUUAGCUAAUGUAUUUUUUCCACUGGCUCAAUUGCUGUAUCAUUUUGAUUGGAAACUUCCUAGCGGAAUCAAUCCUAAUGAUUUGGAUUUGACUGAAUCUGCUGGAGCAACUUGUGCUAGAAAGAGUAACUUAUACUUGAUCGCGACCCCUUAUCAAUCUUGUUAAGAGUGAUGUCAUGACAUCGAACUUUGCUUUUACUAAUAAAGGAUUGUGCUUUUAUAUUUGUUUUGCAACCCCACCAUUGUACAUAUUUUGUUAAAUUUUACUUCUAAUAUUAUAUUCUAGUUUGUACC